AUUUGGAUAAAUUCUCGCUUAGUUUCUGGAUUCUCGUUAUCUAUUAUGUUCUUGUUGGCACUUUCUUAACAAUGAGAAUAUUAGAUAAUAGAUAAUCUUUUUCAUCACCAUUUUUUAUGAAUAUUCCCAGUACUUCCUUUAUUCUACUAUUGAAAAUCAAAGCAGUAAUUUCAAUCGCAUGUAGACACUUUUGUUCAACCUCAUGUACGUUCAACAAUGCGGAUGUGGUUUUGAUUUCACAGCACAAGUCUUGUGGUAUCAUCACUCUUAACCGCCCAAAAGUUCACAACUCCCUGAAUCUUGAAAUGUUAGGAAUUAUUCAUUCCAAAUUAAAAGACUGGAAUCACGAUCCAUCGGUCUCACUUGUUGUUAUAGAAGGUUCUGGUGAGAAGGCAUUCUGCGCUGGUGGUGAUGUACGUUUUAUUGCAUCUGCUGUCCAAAAAGGAAGUAUUGCUGCUCAAGAAUUCUUUCGUAAAGAGUAUCAAUUAAAUCAUCUUAUUGGGGUAAUGACCAAACCAUAUAUUGCUAUUUUGAAUGGAAUCACAAUGGGUGGUGGUGCAGGAAUAUCAGUACAUGGAAGAUAUCGUAUAGCUACGGAAAAAACAGUUUUUGCUAUGCCUGAAACAAUGAUUGGUUUUUUUCCUGAUGUUGGUGGUGGCUAUUUCCUACCACGACUUCCUCAUCCAGGACUUGGUUUAUUUUUAGCACUAACUGGAUAUAAGUUAUCUAGUAUGAAUACUGUAUGGGCCGGUAUUGCUACACAUUUUAUUCAUUCUAAAGAUUUAUCAAACUUCAAAAAUGCACUAAUGAAUCUUGAAUUAAAGUCUACAUGUAGUUCAGAUGAUAAACCAGAAUUUGAUUAUGCUAUUGACAAAGUAAUAAAUCAAUUUAGUAGUGAUGUGCCUAGUUAUUACCACUCUUCAGUAUCCAAUGAUCUUCUAUAUAUUUUAGACGAUUUGUCAAAAAUAUUUUGCUUUUAUAAGAAUAAUGAUGAUGGCGGUGAUCAUGAGAUUCCAGUCACUAUAGAAGAUAUCCUUAUAAAAUUAUCUAAAUGUUAUCAGAAUAUAGAAAAUCAUGAGAAAGUCAUUCAUUGGGCUAAACAAACUUACGACAAAUUAUUGAGUUGUUCACCUACUUCAUUAAAAGUCACUUUACAUCAAUUACAGAUUGGUUCUAAAUUAUCGUUUAGUGAUGAAUUUAAAAUGGAAUAUCGCCUAUCACAGAAAAUGACUAAAAAUCCUGAUUUCUAUGAAGGUGUUCGUGCUUGUCUUAUUGAUAAAGAUAACACACCAAAAUGGAAUCCAAAUAAUCUUACCUCAGUAGAUAUGAAUCAAAUUCAAUCAUAUUUCAAUCACCUACCGGAAAAUGAUGAAUGGAGACCUGAAUAGUUUCUUCUAAUCUAUUCUGCAUUGUUGCUAUAACGGUUAUCUUUUUU